AUGUCAUUCGUGAAUGAAAUUUGUGAUGUUAAGAAGUCAUUUGAAUUUCUCCGGUCUUUGGAUUUUGUGCUGAAACAAAGCUACAACGUGAGCACCAAGGGCCAGCAGAACGACGCCCAACAGCUAAUCCACAACGUGACAGUCAAGGCCCAGCAGAACGAUGACCAACAGCUAAUCCACAACGUGACCAUCAGGGCCCAGCAGAACGACGACCAACAGCAAGUCCACAACGUGACCGUCAAGGACCAGCAGAAUGACGACGACCAACAGCAAAUGCACAACAUGAGCGUCAAGGCCCAGCAGAACGACGACAACGACCAGCAGCAAAUGCACAACGUGAGCGUCAAGGCCCUGCAGGACGACGACCAGCAGCAAAUGCACAACGUGAGCGUCAAGGCCCUGCAGAACGACAUGAGCUACCAGAGGGACGGAAUGGAGGAUGACGACGAUGAUGAAUUGACAUUUUUUACAGUGAAUGUUUAACCUGACCAGCUUGAACGGGUCUUAAGAGAACAUUAAAAAAAUAAAAUAUA